UCGGGCGCGGCGAUAGUUUCGCGCGUCUGUCGUGGUUCAUCUCGAGAACGCGGUAGUGUGGAACUGUGGCGUCUCGCUUCGUGCGCGGUGGAUAGGGUUAAAUCCCCUGUCGAGUUCCCGCGGCGAUCUCCUGCGGGAGGAACGAGCGAGAGAAAGAGAAGGCCGCUCCGCGUGGUGAAAACAUGUCGACGACGGAGAACCAGAACGGUACCGCGGGCGGCGCCCAGAGCAACGGCAUCAAGCCUCUGUCAUCAUCGUCAUCUUCAUCGUCCACGGCGUCGUCGGGCGUCUCACCGUCGUCCGGCGGCCGAGUCGGCCUACCCAACAACAGCAACUCGUCCUUCCUCUACAGCAGCAGCACGAUGCUGAGCCGGGAGAAGGUGCGGCAGGUGCCGCCGCCGACCCUGCCCAAGUACACGUCGAGCUUUAAUGCCGGCUCGAAUAACGGCGGUGGUACGACUGAACGACUCACUAGGGAACGCGAGACCGGUGGUAGCUACAGGCUCGCUAGCUUGGACAGACUCGCCCUGAGGCAGAGGAUACUGGAUGGAGAAAAGGCGAACGGCGAGCCCAUCUCGAUUCAGACGAAGCGUGAACUGUUUUUCAAAGGCGACGGUACAGGUAUAAUCUCGUCACCGUCAGUACCGUCGGUACCGCCACCGCAGCCACCGACGCAGAGUCCUGGGUCUCAGAUGAACAAUUCGGUGGCGAACACCACGACAACCAGUAGCCUCACGUCUCCUAAUACGGCGCCAGUGUAUUCGAGUGGGGCCCUGACCGGGGUCAACGCAAAGUCGCGGCUACCGUCCACGGCGGUGACAACGGCGAUCACGAAUGAUGCCUCGGAAGAUAGCAACAGGCGUGAGUCGGCACGUACCGCGAUCUCUUCCAAGGAGGACAGUAACAAGGAGACCAGUCUGCUGCACCAUGCGCGACCUACGCCGCCCACGAAGCCCAAGGAGCUCGACGGCUACGUCGGCUUCGUGAAUCUCCCUAAUCAGGUGUACAGGAAAGCCGUAAAGAAGGGCUUCGAGUUCACGCUCAUGGUCGUAGGGGAGUCAGGUCUCGGUAAAUCCACCUUAAUCAACUCCAUGUUCCUGGCAGACAUAUAUAGUGCCGAAUAUCCCGGACCCAGCCUCAGGAUAAAGAAAACGGUUGCUGUGGAAACUAGCAAAGUGCUGUUGAAAGAGAAAGGUGUAAAUCUCACCCUCACGGUCGUCGAUACACCUGGUUUCGGUGACGCUGUGGAUAACAGUAACUGUUGGGUGCCAGUAAUAGACUAUAUCGAGUCGAAAUACGAGGAAUUCCUCAACGCAGAAUCCCGCGUGACAAGACGGCAGAUCCCAGACAGUCGAGUGCAUUGCUGUCUCUAUUUCGUUGCGCCCUCCGGUCACGGAUUGAAGCCGCUCGAUGUGGAGUUUAUGCAGCGUCUCCACGACAAAGUUAAUAUCAUACCUGUUAUUGCCAAGGCGGACACCAUGACGCCGGAUGAAUGCGCACACUUCAAGAAACAGAUCCUAAACGAAAUUGCACAACACAAAAUAAAAAUCUACGAGUUUCCGGAGGUCGAAGAAGAAGAAGACACCAAACUCCAUAAAUUAUUAAGGGACAGAGUGCCAUUCGCAGUCGUGGGAGCGAAUACAGUUAUUGAACACGACGGGAAGAAAAUACGAGGAAGAAAAUAUCCAUGGGGAAUUGCAGAAGUUGAGAAUCUGGAACAUUGCGACUUUAUUGCACUCCGAAACAUGGUAGUAAGGACGCACGUGCAGGAUUUAAAAGACGUGACGAAUAACGUACACUAUGAGAACUUCAGGUGUCGCACCCUGGCCGGUCUAGGCGUAGAUGGCAAACCGACAAAGGCCUCGAAUAAUUUGUGCCCUCCAGGAGUGAUGAACAGUUUCAUGACGGUGUGGAACCCGUUGGCGCAGUUGGAAGAGGAGAAACGUGAACAUGAUAACAAGAUGAAGAAAAUGGAAACAGAGAUGGAGCAAGUUUUCGAGAUGAAAGUUCGCGAAAAGAGGCAGAAGUUGAAGGAUUCCGAGACAGAUUUGCAGAGAAGGCACGAACAAAUGCGACGCUCGUUGGAGCAGCAAGUGCGGGAAUUGGAGGAGAAGAGACGAGCGUUCGAGGCGGAGAAAACUGCUUGGGAACAGCAGACCGGACACAGUAUUGAAGAAUUGCGUAGACGCAGCUUAGAAGCGAAUUCGAAAGAGACGGGAUCGAUGUCCUCCGAGGGAUCUGGAGGCGGCGGGGGUACGUUGAGGGGGUCCCGAGGGAUAAGCAGCCUCCUUCGUCGACACACCAGUUUCAAAUCACCUCAAGAGAGCCCCGCACAGAUACAGCUUGUCAUACAGCAUCCUGAGCAUCCUUAAUAGAGACCGUCUCCCAGACCGCUCUCGCUAGCUAGCGAGAUCCGCUCCGAGAUUGCCGCGCCAACCGCUCCUCGCGCUCGACCCUUGUCAACCCUUAUCCAGAGAUUGCCCUCUCUUAGUAGCGACAGUAUCACUCGACGAAUAUUCCCUUGGACUGACAGGAGUGGGAAUCAAAAUAAUUUAGAUUAGUCAGUGGCUCAAAUCAAAACAGUAAGAAAAGGAAGUCUUUUAUUUUUGGAAACACACGCGCGUCGGUCGCCUGAAUAAGGGUUGAAACAUGGUCUUAUCAUACUCGAGAAGAGUAAGUGCUGCCUAUCUCAACCAUUCGUCAACUUUACUUCAGUAAAUUGUACAACAUUGUCAGCGCUUGUCUUAGCAAUGAUUAAUAACGAAUUAGAUGCUUCGCAUUGAUGUACAUAAAGCCGUAUAGACUGACGUAAAAGAUGUUCAAUAUAAAUAUAAAAA